CUCCAGGUCUUCCUAAAUACAUCCUUUCCCUCCUCUUCUAAGUCGCACAUAGCCAUCCUUUUUUUCUCCAACGGCAUUCAUUGUCCAUUGAAUCCGCGCCCGCGUCUUUCGUGAGACACCCCUCAAGCUCCCCGCAUUCAUCGACGGCUAUCGUCAGACCUCUUGAGCCAACAUCCGAACAACCCCAUCGAAACGUCAGACCAGGAUAUCUACUUCCAUCAUGAGAAACAGUCAAGGCUGGGAUGGAAAACAGAGGGCAGUUCUUUCAAAUCCAGAAGCUUUGGAAGACCCAGAUUAUUCUGAUUCCGAUGCACCUUCGCCGGAGAAGAUAGAGGCCGACGAGGAUCUACUUGAAGAUGAAAGUCCCGACGCUGAGGACAUCGACCUCGUGCAUUGCCGCAUACAAUCUAUUCCUGAUUUACGAUUGGAACGUUUUCCUAAGCUGCAGAGACUAUGUCUACGACAAAACCAAAUAACUCGUAUUGCCUUCCCUCCGAAUGUUGCCGCAAAUAUGACGGAGCUUGAUCUCUACGACAAUCUCAUUUCUCACAUCAAGGGUUUCGAGGAUUUUCAUCACCUGACGAGUUUAGAUCUCAGUUUUAAUAAGAUCAAGCAUAUCAAGAAUAUCUCGCAUCUCGUGAAACUGAAGGAUCUCUAUUUCGUGCAGAAUAAGAUAUCCAAGAUAGAAGGUCUCGAGGCAUUGACGGCGCUGAGAAAUCUGGAGUUGGGUGCCAACAGAAUUAGAGAAAUUGAAAACCUCGACACCUUAUCGUCCCUGGAAGAACUAUGGCUUGGGAAGAACAAGAUCACGGAAAUGAAAAACCUCGACAGCCUCACAAAUCUCCGCAUCAUUUCCAUCCAAUCCAACCGACUGACAAGCCUCACUGGUCUCUCAUCGCUAAGGAACCUGGAGGAAUUGUACGUCUCGCACAACGCCAUCAGCGACCUCAAUGGCCUAGAGAACAACACAGCGCUCCGAGUGCUGGAUAUUUCCAACAACCAAGUUUCAAAACUCUCCAAUAUCUCACAUCUGAAGAAUAUCGAGGAAUUCUGGGCAUCAAACAAUCAAAUUUCGAGUUUCGAGGAGGUCGAACGUGAACUGAGAAAUAAGGAACACCUGCAAACGGUUUACUUCGAGGGUAAUCCGCUCCAGACACGGGCACCGGCUCUCUAUAGGAAUAAGGUGCGGUUGGCGUUGCCGCAAAUUAUGCAAAUUGAUGCGACUUAUGUACGAGUAUGAAGAAAAGAAAAUAUAUGUAUGGGUAGUGUCUGCUUAAAGUUUAGCAUGUCCAUGACUCGGGGCAUAGACCUAGUCUGCCA